UGUGUAUAGUAAUUGUCAUAUGUUCUCACAGAAAGGGUCUGAUUGUAAUUUCUUGUAAAAUGUAUGGCAAUUAUCAUCAGGAACCAGACUAUCCAGCUGCGCUAUCGCAUUUAUCUCAUUUGGAUGCAGAACAACUGAAAGAACUGCUAAACGAUGAUGAGAAAUUUGAAGAUAUGAUGAAAGAUAUUAAACAGUUUAAGGAUAUGGAAACUGAAAAAGAAAUGUUAAUAGCAAGCAACAAGUCCUUAGCUGAGUUCAACCUGUCUAAGGAGCCUCAGUUACAAGAAGGAAAACGCCGCUUAAUGGAACUAAGUGAGAAAGGCGAGGCAAUAUCCCAGAGAGUGGAAUCAAAAUUGAGUGAAAUUCGUCAGCGCUCUGGAAGCUCAGCAUUGGAGACCACUCUGGCAUUGUUGCAGACAGCAGCUGCAGAAACAGAAGAGGAAUCAGAAAAAAUAGCGGAAAAGUUCCUAGAGGGUGAUCUUGAAGUUGAUGAUUUCUUGGAAACGUUUGAUAGUCGACGUAAGUUGAUGCAUUUGAGACGAGUGAAGGCAGACAAAAUGGCAGAAUUGAUGUCUACAAGACGGCGACAUGCCCCUCCUCCACCUUCUAGUCAGCUAGCUGGUAUUGGAAGGACUCCACCACAUAUGGGACCAUCUUCUUAUUACCCAUUGCCACCUACUGCUGCCAGUUCAGUUCCAUAUCCAUUGGGCCCUGUAAAUAUGCCAUUACCUACUCCUUUUGGAGCAGGUAGCUUUGCAUGAGCCAAUCAGCAUAUGCUCCUGCAAUGCAAAUGUAAAUUAAGUUUAUUUUAUAUAAUGUUGAAUGCAAGAGAGUGCUAUAACACGUGUGACUUUUGUACAGAAUUCUUUAAUGUUGUCCUACAAACUUUGACAUCUGAAGUCGUCCAGGAGUUUUCAACAUUUGUUUGAGGGCCAUAGUGUAUGAAUACCUUAAGUGACAGAUGAUUUAUUACUACAGCAGUAAAGUACAAAUAUUUUCAGUUGCUUUUAAGGUGGAUGAAAAUUGUGGCCAUUAUUAUUUGUUGGUGCUAUCAUGAUUAGACAUGCUUCAACUGUGAGUAUUCCGAUUACUGGAAAUAUCCAUUAUAUUUCAAUCAUAAUUUGUGUACUAUUUACAUAUUUCAUAAAAACUUCGGUAAACGUUGCAAAAAUGGAUGUAAUUGGGUUCAUAAUCCUUCAUGUGCUGAUUGAGAAGCAUCCAUACACUAUAAUAAGUCACUUGACAUAAAAAAAGGUCAGUAACAGAAUUGCAGAAGCACCUUGUGGUAAUGAACUGCUUUCAGGAAUAGAUGUCAAAUUGCAUUCAGACAAUGUUGGAAGGGAAAUACGAUUGUCAUAUCAUUAUUUUGUUUUAGAUGCCAUUUGUAAAUUAUUAUUGAAUGCUUUGAAAUCCAAACUUUACCUCCAUGAUUUGUUAUUUAGUUGGAAGCACAUCAGUAGAUAAAGGGUCAAAUUCAUGGAACACCCAUUUUAAUAUUGUCAAUGCCGUCUCUCCUGUCUCUCCGUAAGUAGGCAUUUUUCUUGAACCUAGUCCAUGAUUUGCAGCUAGUGAAGCUUUGUAAACUAUUAAAUUAUUUAUAAGACAAAUAUCUACUUUUAAGUGUAUUGCAUGUGAAAAUUUUCCAUCAAACACCAUUUAUUAGCAUCUAACCAGAAUUUAGCUGUCUCCUCCCUUAUUUUCGGUUGUAUACACCAAUACAUCUGGAUAAGAAUAAAAAUAAAAAUAUUACAUGAAUUAUUGAACCCGAGGCUCCAAGAAUGUCAGUCUUAACACCUAACGCACUCAGCUGUCUAACCACCAUGAAAAAUUAUUCCAGUUUAAUGGAUGGUAAGUAUGUCUUUUCUGCUAGCACCAUUCAGUUUGUUCUGUAAUCCACAUCUUUUACACCAUACCCUUGUCUCAUCAGUGUUCAGAUCAGUACAUUUCAUCAUUCCUUUGAUUUGACUUUUCUGCUUUUCAUUCACAUUCUCUAUAGCUUCUUACACUCCUUAUAAGAAAAUCUUUUAAAUGUUCACAAUUUAUGUAAAAUUGGGGGCUUAUUGCAGUAUUGACACUAUUUGCUGUGGCACAUUACAUCAUAAGCAGUAGAGUGACAGAGUUAAGAGGGAUUGAAGCACGUCAUUGACUGUGAACAUGUGAGUAAGGGCAGAGAGUUACUUACUAGCAUAAACGUCUGAAGGUAUCUAAAUCAUAAAUGACACUUCACUCGUGUUGAAUUAACGAUUCCUAUUGGCUGACAGUCCAUGUCAAGAGUUUUUCACCACAGAAAUUUUCAGUGCAAUAUUUUCAUGGAGAUAAUUGUUCAGCUGCAGCUGCAGUGGUGAUACUGUCUUUGUACUUACACAUAUUUACACAUGUUGAUUUCCUUCCUCUUAAUACAUUGCUGGAAAAUAUUGGGCAGAAUGCCAAUAAUGGAAGGAGUAAAAGUAACAUUACAGUUAAGGCACUGAUCAUUAAACAAGCACGUAAAAAUUCGUACAAACAUAUUUAUCUUUCUCAGACUGGUCUUCUUUUGUUGCUGUUUUAUUUAUUCUUUCAUAAUUCCCUCCCUCCCUCUGUGUGUGUGUGUGUGUGUGUGUGUGUGUGUGUGUGUGUGUGUGUGUGUGUGUGUGCCACGCAUAGGCGCUCAUGAGCUGAACACUGCCCAGUGAGGGCACUAGUGUUUGGUGACAUUGAAUCUGGAGGGAGUACUGCUGGUACACUUAGUUUCAAAACAUUAUUGAUUUGGAUAAAUGUAAGCAUAUACAUCAUAUGACUGUAGGUUUUUUGGGAACAAAUAUAUUAGUUACCAGCCAGCUUCUUCAGAUCUACUUUGUGCAGUCAUAAAUUAUGUAGUAAGUCUUUAAGCUGUAGUUUCAUCAGCUGUAUCAGUGGAUUUUGUUGUGGUAUUAUUACAUCUUCCUUAAAAUCCCUUGGAUAGGUCAGUGUCAGUGUAGAGGUCACCCUCUUCCUCACUACUUUAGAAGUCCAAUCUGUAACACAACUUUUUAAGGUUCUCAGUACACUAAAGCAUCACAGUGCUAGUGUUGUUUGCAAAUAUUUUUAACACGUGCAUACUCUUUUCACUCAACCAUAUACAGCUUUUUUAUGCAACUUGAGGUCAGUACCUUCAAAUAUGUCAAUAUUUUUUAUAUUUAUUACUGAUUAGUUUUGUUUAAUUAUAUUCAAUAUCCGUUUGAUUGGAUUUAGUUCAUGAUGUACAUAAGAUUGUCUCAAUUAUCCUCAACAACUGUUCCUUGAUUUUCCCUUCUGUAACUUGCACAAAAAAUUUUAAAAAGUUAUCUUUCUUCACAACUUUUUCUGUGUUUCAGUGUCCUCACUGUAAAAGUGCAAAAGGCAGACAUAACUAGUUGCAUACUUGGUAUUGUAUUUUAUUUUCAUAAUUGAGAAUGACAAAUCCAAAAAAUAUUGAAAGCUGUCCAAUUUCUGUGAAAUAGCUACAGUUGCUGGUAUGGUUUCCGCACAGAAAAAAAUACAUAAGAUUGUUGGCAUUCCAAAUUAGUCUUUACAAGAUCAGAAGCAGCAGAUUGUAAGGAAUCGGAUAAAGAAGCAGUGAUUUCUGUUCACCUUGUACACCACUAGUAUACUUCUGCCCUUAAAAAUAAACUGUUCUGCAAUUUUGCGUUCACUCUUUGCAAAGCUUGUAAUUGUCCACCCAUGGAAUUUCCAAAAUCUGUGUCAUAUAUUGCACAACUGAACAUAUUUCCUCUCCUUAUUCUUUUUUUUCCUUCUUUUUCUUCUUCUUCUUCUUCUUAUUCUUCUUCUUCUUAUUUUUAAGCAAUGUGAUAGCAAGCAAGACUACAAAAACACUUCAUGCUAGAAAAUCAAACUAAGUUGCACCAUAAAUGACGAAUAUGAUGAUAAUUAUAAUAUUCCCAUUUAUGACUGAUUGACUUGGGUAAUUCAAGUCAACACUUAAUUUGUAAAAAACAUUUCUGUAUGUGCCAUAUACAUGACCCAUUCUUUCCCUAGCUCUGACAUAAUAAUGUGCCUAAUGUUUUAUAAUUUUAACUUUGUGCAAUAUGUUGUAAUUGGAAAAGACAAUAUUUGGUAUUAACAAAUUGUAAUAAAGCACUGUUGUUUGCUGUUGAAUAUUAUAUUAAUUGUGAUCAAAUACUUGCUGAAAGUGUCACGAGAGAAUCUUAAUGUUAUUUACAUACCAUCACCCUUACCAGUAUGCGAGUAUUGGUGGUAAUCUUGUGAGAAUAUGAGGAUUUUGAGCAUCUUACAUUAUAUUUUAUAUUUCAACUGUUUAGUGUGAUAAACUGAAUAACAGUGAAAGUAUUGCGUUGUAAGUACACUUUGACCCUGCUAUAAGUGCUAAUUUUUUAUAUUUCUAUUAAUGUUGUUUUUUCCCAUUAUUUUUGGUAAGAUGAUAUGUGCCGGAUUAUAGUUUUUCAAGUACUCUGAAAUAUGCAUGUCGAAGCGGAUGUCAUAAAAUAAACUGCAAAUAUUCUGUAUCACUAUUCUGUAAA